AUGGCCUCCGACGCGCAAAAUAACCCGUUCAUAAGGCAUCUCACAUCAAGCGACAAGGAAGUGCGCGACCAAGCACUCGAAUCACUGCGAACUUAUCUCGGCGCGCAAGCGCAAAUCGCAGAGCUGGACCUGUUGAAAUUAUGGAAAGGCUUGUUCUAUUGCCUCUGGAUGCAAGACAAACCCGCCCUCCAACAAGCCCUGUCGCGCGACCUUGCCUCCCUCGUGGCACAUUUGCGCACGCCUGUGGUCCUACCUUUUCUCCGCGCUUUUUGGCUCACCAUAUCCCGCGAGUGGUCCCACAUUGAAGCCCUGAGACUGGACAAAUAUCUCUACCUGAUUCGUCGCUAUCUCAACGCGUCUUUUGAGUAUCUGUCUCGCCAGAAAUGGAAGAAGGACAUUGUCGGACAAUGGAACGAGAUCGUCGAGGAAACACCGUUAAAUCCAAAAGAUAUGAAGAUCCCCAAUGGCCUGCGGUACCACAUGCUCGAUAUAUGGGUAGAUGAGUUGGGCAAAGUCAGUGCACCGAAGUGGGAGAAGGAUCCAGGAAGCGAGGCGCUCGAGCUACUGAUUCAACCAAUCGAGAAGAUCAAGAAAGAGGCGGUGCUGAAGGUUCUGCGUGAUGCAGCAAAAGAAUGCCUCAGUGACGAGACGUUACAGUCUUGGAGAGGCAUCGAGGUGGAGAAGGAAGACGACACAUCGGAGAUAAGCGACGGUGAAGUCGAGUGGGGUGGUUUCGCAGACUGA